CAUGAGUGCAGUAUAAAUAAUCGUCGAUUUCAUCCUGAGAAAUUUCGCAAAUUUUUGUGCACAUUAGUUGCGAACGCGGAUAAGUGAUUGAAUUGAUUAUUUGCCUUUCAAUUCGUUUUUAAGCUGAGUGCUUUCAUCUCUUUUAAACGUAAGAAUUCGUCUUGCCUUUGUCCUUUUACUCCAUCGCCCAAUCUCGGCUUAAUGAGUGCCCACAUUAGUUACCAAGUGCGUGCCGUUCAUGUGUUCUAAUAAUCACACCUUCAAAUUCUUGCACCUCUAAAAGAAGCUUUACCUUUUGUUCAACUCUUCAAGAUGUCUGGAGGUACUCACAAGCACAGGUACAAAAAUGCAGGCCUUGACUCAACAGAACUACGGCGCAGGAGAGAAGAAGAGGGAGUUCAGUUGCGGAAGCAAAAGCGGGAACAGCAACUCUUCAAAAAGCGCAAUGCCAAUUUAUUGCAGCCCAUUGAUGACGAUUUAAGUGAUGGUCCAAAGAAGCCUGUCAUCACUCCUGACAUGAUUGAAGCCUUAUAUAGUCCUCUUACAAACGAUCAGUUGCAAGCAACGGAAAGAUUUCGCAAGCUGCUGUCUCGUGAACCUAAUCCUCCAAUUGAGGAAGUUAUCGAAGCCAAAAUUUUGCAUAGAUUUGUUGAAUUUCUUACAGACACUAAUAAUCCCACUUUACAGUUUGAAGCAGCAUGGGCACUGACCAACAUUGCAUCAGGAACAUCGGAACAAACACAGAAAGUAAUAGAAGCUGGUGCUGUGCCUGUAUUUAUACGAUUGUUGGCCUCAGAACAUGAAGAUGUUCAGGAGCAGGCUGUCUGGGCUUUGGGAAAUAUCGCUGGGGACUCCCCUACUUGCCGUGAUUAUGUCUUAGAUUGUGGAAUUUUAGACCCUUUGCUUCACCUUUUAUCAAUCAUGAAACGCACAUCAAUGGUACGUAAUUUAGUUUGGGCACUAUCAAAUUUAUGCCGAGGGAAGAAUCCUCCUCCCGAGUUCAGUAAAGUAUCGCCCUGCUUGAAUGUCCUAGCGCGACUAUUGUUUCAUCAUGAUGUUGAGGUCCUUUCAGACGCUUGCUGGACACUUUCGUAUCUCAGUGAUGCUCCAAAUGAUAAAAUUCAGGCUGUCAUUGAUGCAGGCGUUUGUCGGAGAUUGGUAGAGUUGCUGAUGCAUACGCAGCAGAAGGUUGUAUCUGCCGCUUUACGAGCGGUUGGCAAUAUUGUCACUGGAGAUGAUGUCCAAACGCAGGUGGUUUUAAACUCAUCUGUCUUACCUUGUCUCUACCACCUUCUCUCAUCACCGAAAGACUCCAUUCGCAAAGAGGCAUGUUGGACCAUUAGCAAUAUUACUGCAGGCAACAAACAUCAGAUACAGGCUGUCAUUGAUGCAAAUAUCUUUCCCCUGCUUAUUGAAAUUUUGGCCAAAGCAGAGUUCAAGACGCGAAAAGAAGCCGCUUGGGCUGUUCUCAACACAACAACAGGUGGAACGCCAGAGCAGAUCCGCUACCUGGUCAAACAGAACUGCAUUCCGCCCCUAUGCGAUCUUCUCACUGUCAUGGAUCUGAAGAUAAUCAAUGUUGCUUUGAAAGGCCUAGAAAAUAUCCUCAAGUUUGGAGAGCAAGAUGCCAAAAAGACUGGAACUGUUAAUAUGUAUGCUGAUAUCAUAGAAGAAUGCAAUGGUCUGGAUAAGAUUGAGUAUCUGCAGUCGCACGAAAAUGUGGAGAUCUACCAGAAAGCGUUUGACAUCAUCGAGAAGUAUUUCAGUUCAGAAGAGGAGGAUGCAAGAGUUGCUCCGUCAAUCACACCAGGACAAGGUGGUGACGGAGGACAGUUCUCCUUCAAUACUGGUCAGAGCCUUCCAAUGGGUGGUUUUCAGUUCUAAUAAAAGAUUUGAGAUCUGCUUCCACCCUUUCAAAGAAAUUUUCACUGAUGACACCGGCAACGCAUCAACACUGGUAAAAUCUAUUGGAAUCAUUGCUUUUUCUCAUAGGUAACUGAUGGAAAUCCAAAUCAUUACCCUUGAGUAAUUUAAUGAAAGUAAUCAAAAAAUUAUCUCUGUGGAGUUUGCGUCAAUUUUGCUUCCUUCGCAACAACUGGAAAAAUAUAUUGGGCAAAUAAUGUUGUUAAGUGACCAGCAUCAUGCCUUAAGUCUGCAUGGAAACUGGAAUUUAUGUUGACAGGGGUCAGGACUGCUUAUUUUCAGUUUUUUAAGUGACUAAGUAUUCUCUGUUGGGUCGGUGGUCUGGCAAAUUCUCUAGUACUCAAUGUGCACGCAUAUUGCUUACUUUAAAAACAACUCACUCAUUGUUACGUUUGACUUAUCAUGAUGUAGAUUUUUAUUUUUUGUUUUUCUCUUUCAUAUUCUAUCCAGAGGUGUCGUCAGCUGAGUUGGCAGUUGUCUACAUAUGACUGUUGUGCACAUUAGACCGAUUUAUGUCUCUGUGCAUGGGAGCGAUGUUACCCGUGGUCAAUCCUCUAUGGCUAUUGGAUGAUAAAUUUGCUCGCAAAUGGAAAGUAAACAAUUGCCAACUUAGCAGACAACACCUCUAACCACCCAGCCCACUGGUUCUCUCCUCUAUGUCGUAUUUUUUGUCCACCAACUUCAACAAGUUGUAAGCCUACUCUUUUUUUAACCAUGUGUCUUUCAUGAUACAUUUUCUGAGUAAUGUUUCAAAUUAGCAGCUUUUAUAAAUCUCUUGCAUGUUUUUGAAACCUUUACAAAGAUUCAAAACAAAUUUUUUCAAGGAGUAGGUCAACAGUUCCUGAUCAGAUCUCUUCGUAACAGUAGACACCAAUAAAUUGUGGGUCAAAAAUCAAAAUCAAAUUAUUUUUUUUCGUCUGGAAUUACUUAACGUUAGAAUAUUCAGAAUGACAUCAUUAUUUUUCAAGGUAUCAUAGAAAUUUCACGGCAGCUUUGUAACUGUAAAAAAAAAUCCCCACUACAGUGGUCAAGAGAUCAGAACUAAUGAUAAAAGUGUUUGCUAUUUUUCUUUCAAAGAUAAAAUAAAGGCAUCCAAUUUUUGAGACAAUGGUUACGAUUGUAACUAGUUGAGUUGCUAAUUUAAUUUUUCUCCAAACUUUGUAAUGCAAGCUUAGGAUUUAUGCACCAGAGAUGAAUUUCUCAUUUGUUUUAUUGAACAAGUGUUCAUCUUAAUUUUUCAGCUUGGAUUCUGUAAAUGACAUUUCCUUUCAAAUAGGUCUCUUUUGAAAAUUUUCCUUGAUAUUUUUUUCAACAUUAAGAGGUCUCUACAGUUCAUAUUAUACUUUUCCUGAUUUAUUUUGACCAUUUCUUUUCUAUGCUCAAAUUUUCCCAAAGGUCUCAGUAAUUUGAGUUAAAAUUAGUAUAGAAGAGAUCACAUUCUAUAAUGGACAUUCUUUCGACUUGGCUGUAUCAAAAUCUAAAGAACUAGACUUUGAUAGGUCAUUUAUAGUAAGAACAGUUACACCUCAAUAAGUUGAAAACCCUGCUAAUUUGUGAAAAUGGCCCGGCCCCGUUUUUUUGUCCAUUUAUACAAUAUCGAGAAAGAAUGCACUAUGCAAAAUCGGCCAACUCGGGAAACCUUCUUCACCAUAGAACUUUGCGGUUCCACAAUAGGAAAGAUCUAAUAAGUUCCUCUAACUGGUCAAUCGACUGGUAGUUUUUCCUUAUCUUUAUUUUUCCCACCCAUCUUGGUAAGUUCAUUCGGCCACGCUAAAUCUAGGAAGGAAUAACUGCUCGCAGGUUAUCACUCUAGUCCUUCUGCUCUACGCAUGCUGCUGUGGCUGCACUGAAGCGGUGUGAGUAGUUAAUUUCCCCCCCCCCUCCCCCCAUCAUAUGACAUCAGUGCACCUUAAGCUUUUAUACCUAAGCUCCUUUAAAAAAAACCAUAAAAGCUAAUUUUCGUUUUUGCUAUUUAAAAGACUAUAAAUCCUGUACACUUGUUAUGUCGGCUUCAGUGCAUGACAAAAAUCAGCUAAAAAACCAGCCUAUUAAAUUGCUCCCCUGAUGCAAGGUGUGUACUUUAAAAUGAGCCCCUUUUGCAUUUAAGGUGCGAAGUUUAAAAUCACAAAAUGGGAUAAUAGGAAGUACAUUUAACUUGGGAACCCUUGCUGAGGCAGUAAGGUUUGACCAGAUUAAAGUGGUUACCAAGUGACAGAAUCAAAUUUCAACCUUAAACAUAUCAAAUAAGUCUUGUUAUGUUGUAUGAUACAGAUUUUAAUACACUGAAAGAAUUCGCCCCACCUUUAAAUGUCACUUGGUCCGUAGACAGCUAAAAAUGUCAA